CAGUCAGGAAGCCCAGCGUUCACGCUUCCAACCAUUGUCGGACUGUCAACCGCCACCAGGCGCUUUCAGCCAAUCGCAGCCGCCCGUCGCCAGCGCGGCGGUAACUGGCGCGGCGUCUGUGGGCAGUCGCGUGCGGGGCGGCGGGGCGGCGGGCGGCGGCGGCGGCGGCGGCGGCUAUGGGAGAUAUCCCCGCCGUGGGCCUCAGCUGCUGGAAGGCUUCUCCGGGGAAAGUGACUGAGGCAGUGAAAGUAGCCAUUGACGCAGGGUACCGGCACUUCAACUGUGCUUACUUUUACCACAACGAGAAGGAGGUUGGAGCAGGGAUCCGUUGCAAGAUCAAGGAAGGAGCCGUAAGACGGGAGGAUCUGUUCAUUGCCAGUAAGCUGUGGUGCACCUGCCACAAGAAGUCCUUAGUGAAAACAGCAUGCAGAAGGAGUCUAAAGGCCUUGAAGCUGAACUAUUUGGACCUCUACCUCAUACACUGGCCCAUGGGUUUCAAGCCUCCUCAUCCAGAAUGGAUCAUGAGCUGCAGUGAACUUUCCUUUUGCCUCUCACAUCCUGGAGUGCACGACUUGCCUCUGGACGAGAGCGACAUGGUCAUCCCUGGUGACACGGACUUCCUGGACACAUGGGAGGCCAUGGAGGACCUGGUGAUCACCGGGCUGGUGAAGAACAUCGGAGUGUCAAACUUCAACCAUGAGCAACUUGAGAGGCUUUUGAAUAAGCCUGGGUUGAGGUUCAAGCCAGUAACCAACCAGAUUGAGUGCCACCCAUAUCUUACUCAGAAGAAUCUGAUCAGUUUUUGCCAAUCCAGAGGUGUGUCCGUGACUGCUUACCGUCCUCUUGGUGGCUCGUGUGAAGGGAUUGACCUGAUAGAUGACCCUGUGAUCCAGAGGAUUGCAAAGGAACACAGCAAGUCUCCUGCUCAGAUCUUGAUCCGAUUUCAAAUCCAGAGGAAUGUGAUAGUGAUCCCCGGAUCUAUCACCCCAAGUCACAUUAAAGAGAAUAUCCAGGUGUUUGAUUUUGAGUUAACACAGCACGAUAUGGAUAACAUCCUCAGCCUAGACAGGAAUCUCCGACUGGCCACAUUCCCCAUAACUAAAAAUCACAAAGACUAUCCUUUCCACAUAGAAUACUGAGGACAGCUCCCCAUUCCUUGUUUCUGCUCAGCCCAGAUGCACCAGCGCCAUUGGUGAUGUUGACCCUUCUCUGUCAUCACAGCACCAGCGCAGCUGUGCCUGGGAUGGGAGCCACACAGUCAGGGGGGCUGCAAGAGCCGCCUUCUCUGACAAAUCUGGAGAAUUGAGUGUGUUCUAAGUGAAGGCAAUGGGGUUUCUCCAAGACAGCCUGUGUGGCCUCUACUCUGAAAAAAGACACUGAUGAUUGAUCAAUGAAAUUUGCCUUCACAUUUUAAGAAAACUUUAUCUUAUGGAAUUAUUUAAGCCAUCUGCAGAGCUGAGGAAACAGUGUAAUGUGUCUCUGCCCCAUUGCCCAGCUCCACCAAUUGUGCCCCAGGCCAGCCUGUGUCACCUUCACUUCCUUCUCUGCCCUGCCAAUGACCCCCAGGUUAUUCUAAAGCAGAGUCCUUCCCUUCCCCCAUUGGGAAGUGAAAUGGGAUAAGUCUGGGUCACUGUCAGAGUUCAAUAAAGAGGCUUUUUUCUUCCUUAAAAA